UAAGGUUGUGUUUAGCUUAUCAUUUGAAAAAUGUUGAUGAGUUUGGUUCUAGUGUCAAUAAUGUUAACUUUGGAUCUAGCUUAGCACAAUAAUUUAAUUUAAUAUCUGUUAAUUUUUAGAACGUAGCUAUGAAUCGUAGUUGGAUGAGAGCUAAUCGAUUAAGUCAUGAGUUUAAUAAUGGAGUGACUGAAUUUCUAGAAUUUGCUGAAAAAAAUCUUCCAAACAACAAUGGACUUUUUCCUUGUCCUUGUGUUUCUUGUGGGAACCGGGACCCAAAACUUACUAAGGAUGAAAUAAGGGACCAUCUAGCUUGGACGGGGAUUUGUCAAAAUUAUACACGAUGGAUAUGACAUGGUGAAGUAGUAACUCCAAGUGUAUCCCAAAGAGAGGAAGUUUGUGUAGAUACGGAUGAUCGGCUGGAAGACAUGAUACAUGAUCUUGGAGAAUAAUCAUUUAAGAGAGCGCAUGUGUAUGAUACUUUAUGUAAAGACAAGGAAGAACCUCUAUACCCGGGAUGCACAGACUUUACACAGUUGUCAGCUGUGUUAAGAUUGUUUAAUUUGAAGGCGAAAAAUGGAUGGAGUGAUAAAAGUUUCACUGAUUUGCUUGGAUUGUUGAAAGAAAUGCUUCCAGAAGGUAACACAAUGCCGAAUCGUCAUUAUGAAGCCAAGAAAGUAUUGUGUCCGAUGGGCAUGGAGUAUGAAAAAAAUACAUGCAUGCCCUAAUGAUUGCAUCUUAUACAGAAAAGAGUUUGAAAACUAUGAUCAUUGUCCGAAGUGCAAGGCGUCACGCUACAAAAAGAAAGAUGGUGAUUCCAGUGAUGAUGUGAGCACAAAGGGUCCUCCUGCAAAAGUGUUAUGGUACCUACCAAUAAUUUCAAGGUUCAAGAGAUUGUUCUCUAAUGCAAAUGACGCAAAGAACCUUAGAUGGCAUGUAGAAGAGAGAAUUGAAGAUGGAAAAAUUCACCAUGUAGCUGAUUCUUUGCAAUGGAAGAAAAUUGAUUUGAAUUUUGCCAAAGAGUCGAGAAACCUUAGACUUGGACUUGCUACCGAUGGAAUGAAUCUGUAUGGUAAUCUAAGUUGCAACCAUAGUUCAUGGCAUGUUCUCUUGAUAAUUUACAACCUAUCUUCUUCGUUGUGCAUGAAGCGUAAAUAUAUGAUGUUAUCUAUGAUGAUUCCGGGCCCAAAACAAUCAGGAAACGACAUAGAUGUUUAUCUAAGUCCACUGAUUGAUGAUUUAAGAUUGUUGUGGGAGCAAGGAGUUGAUGUUCUUGAUGCGUAUUCCGGUGAACAUUUCAAUAUGCGUGCCAUGUUGUUUUGCACCAUCAACGACUUUUCGGCAUAUGGUAAUUUGUCUGGUUACAGCGUUAAAGGGCAUAAAGCGUGUCCUAUUUGUGAGAAAGAUACAAGUUACCAUCAACUUAAUCAUGGAAGGAAGACUGUUUAUCUUGGGCAUCGGAAAUUCUUAGACUGUUAUCAUCCAUAUCGUAAAAAGAAGAAAGCUUUCAACGGAAAAGCAGAGCAUGGUGUUGCUCCAAAACCCUUGACUGGAGAGGAAGUUUAUCAACGACAACAACGUGUGAAGGUUAUCUUUGGAAAGAAACAAAAGAAGUCUGCUGAAAAAAAUAUAUGGAAAAAGAGGUCGAUGUUCUUUGAUCUUAUAUAUUGGUCAAGUCUUGAUGUAAGACAUUGUAUUGAUUUGAUGCAUGUAGAGAAAAAUGUUUGUGAUAGUCUAAUUGGAACACUUCUUCACAUUAAAGGCAAGACAAAAGAUGGGUUAAGUGCUCGUUUAGAUUUGGCUGAUAUGGGUAUACGGGAGCAAUUAACUCCACAACAGAUAGGUAACAAGACAUAUUUGCCUCCAGCAUGUCACACUUUGUCUAAAAAAGAGAAAAUAAGUUUUUGUGAGUGUUUAGAGGGUAUCAAUGUACCGCAAGGUUACUCAUCAAAUAUCAAGAGACUUGUAUCAAUGAAAGAUCUCAAGUUAAUUGGCUUAAAAUCCCAUGACUUUCAUGUUCUGAUGCAGCAACUACUACCAAUGGCUAUUCGUGGAAUACUGCCUAUUAAAGUUAGGAAAACCAUAACUAGGCUGUGCUUAUUCUUCAAUGCAAUAUGUAGUAAAGUCAUUGAUCCAUUGAAGUUAGACGAGUUGGAAAAUGAGGCUGCAGUCAUCUUGUGUCAGUUGGAGAUGCAUUUUCCUCCUUCAUUUUUUGACAUUAUGGAACACUUGAUUGUUCAUUUGGUAAGGGAGAUUAGAUUGUGUGGUCCAGUUUGUUUAAGGUGGAUUCAUCCAGUAGAGCGGUACAUGAAGAUCCUAAAAGGGUAUACUAUGAAUCCACACCGUCCGAAAGCUUCGAUUGUUGAAAGGUACAUUGCAGAAGAAGCUAUUGAGUUUUGUUCAAACUGUUUGUCAGAAGCGGAUGCUAUAGGGGUUCCAAAGUCUCGUCAUGAUGGAAGAUGUGAAGGUAUGGGUACACAAGAUUUAAAUGUCAAGUGAAUGACUUGGAAUGUACUUCAUCCAGCGCAUUUGUAUAUAUUGAAUAACACCGAUGAAGUUCAACCUUACUUAGCUGCCUACAAAAGCUUUGUAAAGGAAAACUACCCCAAGAUGAAUGAAAAAGUGUUGUUAAAAGAGCAUAAUAAGAGUUUCUCUGAAUGGUUUAAAGAAAUAAUUGCUAAUGAUGAUAGUGCUUCUGAUACAAUAAAACGACUCUCAUUUGAGCCUAAAUGUAACGUUAUGACUUGGAGUGCAUAUGAUAUUAAUAAAACUUCCUUUUAUACAAAAUCAAAGGAUGAUAGAAGUACUAUGCAAAAUAGUGGGGUUAUGGUUGUGGCCGAGUCCAUGCACUUCUCUAGUUCAAAAGAUAAAAGACCUAUUAUGACAUCUACACCGUACUUUGGGGUGAUUGAAGAGAUUUGGGAGGUUGAUUAUGUUACAUUUACAGUGCAUGUAUUUAAAUGCAAGUGGGUAGAUAUUUCCUAUGGUGUAAGAAUUGAUGAAUGUGGAUACACACUGGUUGAUCUUUCCAAGGUAGCUUAUAGGGAUGAACCUUUCAUUAUGGCAUCCCAAGCAAAACAAGUGUUUUAUGUCACAGAUCUUUCUAACAAAAGGUGGUCGGUGGCUCUACAACCAAAAACCACACAUGGUAGUGAUGAAACCCUUCAUAUUUCUGAGAUUCCUUCUUCUGCAACAAAUGUGCUUACCUCCAAUGAAGAAAAUGAAGUAGACGAUGUGCAAGUUAGUCGUUUGGAUCAUGAAGAAGGGAUAUGGGAGAGCUAAUACAUGGCUGAUUCAACCAACAUCCCUCUUUCGUCUGGUGAACCUAGUCAUUCGUCUAGUGAACCUAAAAAGAGAAUGGUUAGAGGUUGCACUAAGAUGACUAAAAUUUCCAAAGUUCAGAAAACAGGUGUGAAAUUGAAGAUUGAGUUUGAUCCACAAACUGGGAAAUGUUAUGGUGAAAAUUCUGCAGUGUUUAAGAGUUAUGCAUCAUUUCUUUCUCGAAGUACUUGUAGUAUUUUAAUAGAUGAGUGGCGGCUGGUACAUAAAGACAUUAAAAAUUCAAUUUAGGAUGAUCUCAAGGUAUUAUUGUUGUAUUUUUAAUUCAUUGUUUACCCAUUCAUUUUGUAUCUAUUGAUCUUAGGUAGUAACACAAACUUUUUUUUAUGUAUAUAGAUUCAUUUUAAUAUUAGAGAAAGUGAUGAUGAAUUGAAGAGAAAAUGGAUGACGUGGUUGGGGGACCGAUGGAGAGGUUUUAAGACACAACUUACAUUUGAAUAUAUUACCAACCCCAACCCCGAUCGUCCUCCUCCGUAUGUAGUGUACCCUUAUAUUAAAGAAGAUGUAUGGGAGAAGUUUGUCGAGUCUCGAAAUACCUCUGAAUUUAAGGGAAAAAGUCAAAAGGGUAGGGAUAAUGUGGCUAAGAAUCUUCACCCACAUAUAUUUUCUCGUGGAGGAUAUGAUUUGCUUGAGCAGAAAAUGAUUAAAGAAAAUAGUCAAGAACCAGACGCAUCAGGAGAACUAGAUUGUAUUCCAUCUCCACCGUCACGCCAUGACAAAUGGAAGAGAGCACGACAAAAGCGAGGGGGAGAAUACACAUCAGAGGCUACACGAGUUGUUGCUUAGAAAAUUGACUCACUGGUUGAAGAAAAUGAAAAAGGAACUGUUGUUUUAGAAGGACGUGAUGAUAUCUUGACAAAGGCAAUUGGAACAUUUGAGCAUGGUGGUCGUGCUUGUGGUGUUGUACGAAUUGCUAAUCUAACCAAUUACUUCGAAAGGUCUUCACGUCGAACACAAUCCAUAGAUGUUAAGGAGAUUGAAGCACAACUUGAGACUAAACUUGAAGAAAAACUUACAGCAAAGAUUAAAGCAGAAUGUAAAGAAGAGUUUGAACAACAGUUGUCCCUGACGCAUUACAAGAUGCAACAGUCAUUUAUGGAGACUCUUAAGACUAUGGGUUUGUCUGAAAUCUCCCCAACAAACAAAUAAGGAGAUCAAAAUGUUUUUGGUCUUGGAAGCACAAAAGGUUCUUGUUCCGCCGCACAAGAAAAUUUCAGAGAGGGUUAUUUAUGUUUUUGAAAGAGAAAAAACAUGUAUCUUUACCAUUACAACAUGAACCUGAGGUAGAAAACUUUUGGAUUUCACCAAAGUGUAUUAAAGAGUUGUUGGUGGGUACGUCUUGACUUGACUGUUCUAUUCUACAAGUUUGGUGCACGUAUAUCCAUCGUCUAUGUAUUGAAAGAAACAAAUCAGAUGUGUUUGGAAUCUUGGACCCAGUAAUCUUGAGUUUAGCAGGUCCAAAUGUCCAAAGGUCUAAAAAGAGAGUUCAAGCACACAUACAAUCUAAGUUACGUGAUUUCAACAAAAGGGCAUUGUCAAUUAAUUAUCAUUUUUCCUAAAGACAAUACUUUAGUACUCCUUUGUUCAUUACACAAUGAUCUUCAUUCACCAAUGAAGGAUACUGUUACAAAAGCUAUGGAGGUUUAUCAAGCGGCCCAGGGUAAUAGAAAAAGGUCUCAAUGGCGUUGUCCCAAAUUGUAGGCAAGGUUGCAGCCUAAUGGGAAUGAUUGUGGAUAUUAUGUGAUGAAGAAUAUGCUUGACAUUGUCUCUGCUAAUAUUACUAAGUCUUGGAUGGAGUUUGUUUAUGCUGGAUUGAUUGAAUUGCUGGGAAUUUUGCUGAUAUGGACGGUAGAUUGGUGGAGGGAUGAUUGAAUGGAUUCAUAUGAGGCACUUUUUAUGCUGAAUUGCGUGGCUCAGAAUUUCAAGUGGUAGUGAAUCUAUUUUUGUUGUAUUGGUGGUGGAUCAGCGCGCAAACAAGGAGACCCGUGUUCUUUGACAGCAAGGCAUAUGGUAGCUUUUUGUUAUCUGGAAAGUAGGUCUUGGAGGCUUGGCAAAAUUUGGACAGUUUGUUGCCUUUGGAUUAGUAGCUUUAGAGUUCUUACUAUCUUAUUGCUUUAGUAGUUCGAGACCUUACUACCUUAGUAUUUUCUUUAGCUUAGCUAGUUUAUCUUUCUUUCUAUUGUAGCUUGUUGUUUUGUUUAGCCAUCCUUUGUUUUGGCUACUUUGCAGUUACUUUGUAUUUCGAUCU